CACUUGCUGUUCCAUCACCACAUCAACACCACGUCCACCCCGCGCCGCCCGCUCUGGCGCUUCUUAUUCGUGCCGUGGGAGACGAUGAAUUUGUUGGCUAUCCUACGACCUCAGCAUGGCGUUUGAGGUGUCGUAUAACCUCGAGAAUGAACAGCAAUUCUGGGAUGAACUUGACGACAUUGUCUCGACGCGCUGUCAGGAGCACGAGCUUAUAGAUAAUGCUCUACGUUCUUAUCUUAAUGUCACGACGAGCUAUAAAGCCGAAUACCUCCAGACGGACUACAGUGUAGCAAAAUGCGUGUACCGCCUCAUCCAAGGCCAUCUUUUUAGCACUCACCAGGAAUAUGUGCGGCGGCAAAUAAUAUACUGUCUUCUACAGGAGGACGAUAAUCCAACUCUCCACAUGGUCGCCGCAUUCCUCCUCUAUGACGGCCGAAAUAAUUCAAAUGAUGUCACUUUUGAAAUGAUGCAGACCGAGGGCUGCUUUCCGCGUCUAGUGGAAUUAAUACAGACUCCGAGUGUGCAGGAAGACACGCAGCUUCAUCAGAUGCUGUUGGAGCUCAUGUAUGAGUCUUCACGGAUACAGCGGCUAAGUUGGGAGGAUUUGAUGUCCAUAGACGAUGCUUUCGUUCUUUAUCUUCUGGGGAUCAUAGAAGGCGUCUCCGAUGAUGCUGACGACCCUUACCAUUACCCCUUAAUCCGCGUUCUGCUUGUUCUGAACGAACAAUACCUGGUAGCUUCCACAACUCGGCACGCGAACGGUCACGGUGGCGUAACAAAUCGCGUAAUCAAGGCCCUCUCGACUCACGGUAUGACUUACAAAACAUUUGGCUGUAAUCUGAUUCUUCUCCUGAACCGGGAGUCCGAGACUUCCCUCCAGCUUCUGAUCCUGAAAGUACUCUACCUCAUCUUCGGCAAUCCCACAACUGCAGAGUACUUUUAUACCAACGACCUCCAUGUCCUCAUCGACGUCGUUCUGCGGAACUUGAUCGACCUUCCAUCUGAUUCUCCCGCCGCAAAUGCGUUAAGACACACCUAUCUCCGAGUCUUACAUCCAAUCCUCGCAAACAGUCAGAUCAGCAAACCGCCCCACUACAAGCGCGAGGAAGUCCUCAGACUGCUCCACCUCCUCACCGCCAGCGGCAAUCAUUUCGCUCCUGUUGAUGAAACGACCGUGCGUCUCGUCAAACGCUGCACUUCCGUGCCUUGGCUGCAACUACCACCCAUCAACUCGAAUCAUGUGUCACCAUCCAACGGUAACUUAAGCGCAACACAGUCUCCUGUCGAAAACUCCAUUGGCAAUGGGCAGAAAGAGCUAGCACGGCGGACGUUAGGAAUGAGUGUCCAAGGAGGUGGAGAAAGCGCAACGAGCGUGUUGGAGGUUGCGGCGCAUACCGAGAAACCUGGCGUGCAAACGCCGAGCCGAGCAAAGGUUGUAGAAUCAUGAUCUGGGAAGUUAAUACUCUUUAAGAAAAUUGCUAGAAGGCUUUCAGCUAAAGUGCACGCAUAUGUUUUCGUCUGUCAUGAGUUGGUGUGGGAUGGCGUCAUUCUGGAUUCUUCUCCCUCUCCUUAUUCUUCAUGUCGAUUUCUAGCGAGAGAGGUGGAUGCUCACGCAUACAUGCAUAGGCGGCGUUUCCGGCUGGCUAGCUGGGGUGAGUGCAGCGCUUCUAUUAACUUACUCCUCUACAUUUAUCUCUAG